GCUAGCUCUCGCACCACCCCUCGCACGCCUGACACACUGCACACAGCAUGGAUUCUGCGUACGACCACAUCCAGGAAGAGAGCUACCCCCAGGAUCAGGCCAAGAAGCCGGCUGGCGAGAGCAGCUCCGACGCGCCGCCCGGCAACUUCAACUCCGAGGUCCAGGAAGCCUACAAGGCCAUAUCGAGCAGCCCGUGGGCGGCGCGGAUAGGCGGCUUCUGGCAGACGGCGAAGAAGCAGGGCGAGCAAUACUACGACACAGCGACAACCAGCAAACAAUACAAGGAAGCCACCACGGGCGUCUCGAACCUCAUCAGCCAUGCGCGCAACCUAUCCGUGCAGGCAGGCGACGCUACUGCCCCCGCCACAGCGAAAGACACACCGGUAGAGCAGGAUGCAGACAAGGAGGACAUGACCCCCCACCCAGACCGCCCGGAGUCGCUCACCGCCGACAUUGUCAAGGAAGCGCAGGGCAUCGUCUCGCUCUUCCGCUUCAACGCCACAAAGCGCCUCAAAGAGCUGCAAAAGGCCGAAGACGCCGCCGACGAAGCCCUCCUCAAGUUCGGCGCCAACAUGCGCAACUUCCUCAGCGAGGCCGUCAGCAUCGCGCCCCCGGCGUCCGGCUCGCAGGCCGAGAAGGACGGCACCGUGCUCUUCGAGUCCAAGGACAGCAGCGGCAAGAAGGUCGUCCACGCCACCCGCUUCGACGCCCAGCUGCACGUCAUCCACUCGACGCUGGACUCGUUCCUCAAGGACCCGGCGAGCCCGCAGUGGGACGAAUGGAAGAAGACGUUCGACGCCGAGAAGAAGACAGAUGCCAUCGCAAAGGAUCUCGAGAAGCACGACGAGCUGCGCAGCGCCAUGGAGAAGGUUGUCCCCGAGAAAGUCGACUACCCGACCUUCUGGUGCAGAUACUACUUCCUGCGCCACAUCAUCGAGAGCGAGGAGCAGCGCCGCCGCGAACUGCUGAAAGCGUCUGCCCCCGCCGCCGCUGACGAAGAGGUAGGCUGGUCCUCCGGCUCCGACGACGACGACGACGAGGCUCCCGCGAAGACAGCGACCAAUCCUGCCUCCGCUGCCACCCCUGUCCCCGCCGCCACAGCCCCGAAACCCGCCUCCACCCCUGACCUCGCCAAGAGCCAGACCACCAUCAAACCCGCCGACGCCGACUCCGACUCGCUGAAGCCCGCGCAACCGCGCCGCUCAAACGACGAGAAGAGCGUGGCCGACAGCGACGCCUCGUACGAUGUAGUUAGUGGAGCGACAAGUCGGGCGCCGAGUAGGGCGCCGGGGAGUCCGAAGGCGAAGGCGGCGGAGGCGAAGAAGGUGGAGGAGGAGAGCGAUGAUGACGACUGGGAGUAGGCGGUGGGUUUGGGAUGGAUGGAGGGGCGUAUUGGCGUAUUGGCUGGUAGCUGUAGGCUAUCAUAUCAGAGCUGGCACUUGUAUUGGCUGGGGAAUCAAUCUUGUGGUCAAUUAU